AUGGACGACAAGAAAUCAUCCCCAUUUAUAAGCAGCCUUCGAGUGUUUCUCAGUCCCUCAAUUGAUGGGAAACAAAAACUAGUUAAAAAAACAAGAUCUCAAGAAGACAGUGAAGAUGAAAGUUUGGCGGGGGAGCUGGAACAGCACAGUCAACCAGAAGAUUCAUCCAAAGAAAUAAUUCCAUACAGUGAAUCAGAGGUAAUGAUCAGACAUGAUGCAAGUACAGAUGUGUCUGAAAAGGGAAUCUGCCAUGUGACUGAACAUCCAAGGUGGUGGAUAAAAAAAGAUGAUCAAUUCUUUCAUUUUGUCAUUGUUUGCUUUGCGGUUGGAAUCUUAUUAAUUUGCUUUUACAGAUAUAAAGACUGGACAGUUUCCGUUGGUGUUGGUUUGAUUACCUUUGCAGCCUUGGAAACAACUGGAAUCUAUUUUGGCCUAGUGUGUCGUAUUCGUGCUGUCAUGGAUAGUUUUGUUCCCCUGCUUAAGAGAGCCAGACUACCAGGUUUCAAGAAAACGAUCUGAAAAUUUCAAGAGAACUGAAAUGAACGUUUGGCCUUAAUGUUAACAAGGUGUUUGAAAAGCUGUCAUAACGGCGAAGAUAUAACAACUGUGUAUUAAACAUACAAAUGUGGUUUUCUCUCACUUGGGGAGAAGAAAAACAACACUCCAGUUGCCCCUUUCUUCUCUUCAGUGUAGGAUGUGUUUAAGAGAUAAUGACUAGGUCUAAAAAUUUCAUUCCUGUCUCUUUUGUAU